AUGCUAUUCUUUGUGGCAUUCUUCUCUCUUUUACUGUGCCGAGGCAGUUUAGCUCUGCAGCAGUGUCCUGUAUGGGCUACAACAACCAAUUGCUCUAUGGACGAAUGUGUUUGUAAGCCUGAUUUCACUCGCAGUAACAAAAGGUUUUCUUGUGGUGAGUCGACAAUUGGUAUUGGGGUUUGUUUGUCUAGAUUCAAUGGUAGCAAUGAAACUGCUGCAAUUGGAAGUUGCACAUAUUCACUAGCUUCGUCAUCACAUCUUCAACUGAAAAAUUUUUACGAAUUUUCUUUUGCAAAUGUGACAACCAUUUCGUUGGCUGAGGUUGAGGAGUCACUAUGUGGCUCACUAAACAGACAAGGGCUGCUUUGCAGUGAGUGCAAGCCAGGAUAUGGCCCAGCUGUUUAUGCAUUUGGAUUUUCGUGUGCAGAUUGUUCUGCAACCUUUUCAGGGUGGGGAGUGUAUUUGUUUCUCCAGCUACUCCCCUUAACUGUGUUUUACAUGGCUGUGCUGCUUUUCAAUAUAAAGGUAUCAUCUCCAUCCUUCAUGACAUUUGUAAUUUUUUGUAGCUCAUAUUCUGAAAUGGAAAGAAGCAUUCCACAGGUUAGGGCCAUCAUUGAUACCUUUGCUUUUCCUGAAUUCUAUAAAGUAGUGCAAACACUGUUUGGAUUUUGGAACUUAGAUUUUUUCCGUCAUUUAAUACCACCCUUUUGUGCUGACAGCAGGUUGAACAAUAUUCAGGGAUUGUGUUUGGAGUAUAUCUCAGCAGCCUAUCCACUUCUCCUUGUUACUGUCACCUAUGUUGCCAUACAACUACAUGGCAGAAACUUCAAACCAAUUGUUAUUUUUUGGAAACCGUUUCACAAAUGCUGUGUUCGCAUUAGGCGAAAAAUUGAUCCCAAGUCCUCUGUUAUAAAUACAUUUGCAACAUUUUUAGUACUCUCGAUACACAAAACCAUAUAUUUGUCGGUAAUUCCUCUAGUUGAUACUAGAAUAUCGACAUUGAAUCCAAUUAGAGAUUCAGAUCUUCAUUUUCCUGCCCUCUACUACAAUCCUCAGUUAUCAAUGGAUCGCCCAUAUGUAGCUACCCUUGUGACCAUACUAAUCAUUACUUUUACUCUGUUAAUGCUUAUCCCAAUGAUUAUCCUUUGCUUUUAUCCAGUCAGGGCAUUUCGACGCCUUUUGACCAGCUUGCGAGUUGAUAGUACCUCACUCAUGAUAUUUAUUGAACUCUUUCAAGGUGAUUUCAAGAAUGGCACCAACAACACUCGUGAUUAUCGAUCACUAUCUGGGCUGUAUCUUUUGGUGAAGAUUCUAAUAGCACUAUGCUUUAUCGAUCACCUCACAUAUGUCAACAAAUUAACUUUUGUACAUCUCUUAGCACCAACCUUUUGCUGCUUGUAUCAAUUAUUCAACCAUACAGAAAGAAUCGAGACAAUUGCUUGGCAAUUUUCAACUUAUUUUUCUCGUUUUGUGUUACUGCAGGGUUCUUGUUAAUGCUACCAGCUCUGGCUCAUCUCAAUAGGAUUGAAAUAGCCUUCCACGUGUUAACAGCAAUGCUGCUGCUACCUCAUGUUGUGAUUUUUGCUUGUGCACUGUACAAACUUCAGAAAAAUGUUAGCAUGUUCCAGUCUUUAAAGACUCGUUGCAUUUUAGGAUGCAAUAAAAGUCGGGCUUUGACGGAGUAUCAGAUUUUGAUGGAUUAAUUUUUGUUAGACUAUAAUUCUUUGAAAUCUACAGCGAGUCACAGAAUCUAGAUUAAUAUCUAAAUUAGAAUAACUAAUGAUUUUAUGUGGAUAAUAUGUACUUAAAAUAGUAAAAUUAGAAUUAUAGGUACGUGUUUAAUAGCAUCUUAUAAUUAUAGAAUGGCCUGUAGAACAAUAACACUUCUUGCAUGAUCUUUUGUUGUAAAGAGGCCCUGCGUGUCUCUAUCUAUAGCUGUUUACUAAUUCCUAGUGUGUGCAUGUGUCUCUUAAUUUGUGAAGUAUCAUUAAUCCCCUCUCUCAAAGUCUAUAAUAUAAAUCAAAAC